UUUUUUUUUUUUACUCUGAAUUGCUGAAAGCCUUUACUGCAGUCAAAGAAUUGAAUUUGCCUUUGUGUUAUAGGAGAGAACUCUCUCUUUUUUGGGGGGGGGGGUGUCUAGGAGGGUUCAAUUGUGCUAGAGGAGAAUUGCCUCUGAAGGGGAGAUUUUUAUCAGUUGCACAAAGAGCCAGCAUUUUGUGGUUUUGUAGGAGGCUCAAAAACCAUUUAGGGCCUUAGGAGAAUUGAUGAAAAAGGCAAAGGUGCUUAACUCCAGUGAAUUCCACUGAUGUCAUGUGGCCUGUUUAGGUGGUCUGUGGUAUGCUGACAGGGGUUCAUGUGCGUCAUUGGACACCUAAAUACUUGUAAAAUUUAUCUCAUCUGGCCAUUUCAGGCAGUAGUUGUAUGUAAUUUUGGUCUCAUUGUCUGCCUACCCUUUGCACAUCCCUCAGCAGAAAAGUUCUCACAAGAAGUCUCCUGCAGUUGUAUUGAAGCAGCUAUUUGUAGGCUGUGCCUCUAGCAGCUUCUUAGGACACCUCCUCAGGUUUUUGACAACAUUAGGAACAGCAUUUGAGAUGACAGCAGUGGAGAAGAUUGAGGAGCAGCUUGCUAGUCUAAGCAUAGCAAAACGUUCUAUGCUACUUGAGGAGCCUGCUUACUUGCUGGAUAUAGACGUUUCCAAACCAGCUCAAUCCGAAAGCAGUCGCUUUGUGGCAGUUUCAUGUUCCAAUAAGUCAAUUAGGGUCUAUAACAGGGAAACAUUAAGCUUCCUGCGGGAGUACAGUAACCAUCCUGGGAUACUUAAUGGAGUCCGAUUUGCACACACAUGUGACAGCACAGUGUUUUCAGCAUGCAGUGAUGGUACAGUGAAGUGUUGGGAUAUUCGUUUAUCAACUCAGAAAGCUGUGCAGGUAUUCCAUGGCUAUCCUUCCAAUGUUCUCAUCAGUUUUGAUGUCAACUGCAGUGAUACCAUACUUUGUGCUGGAACAGAAAAAGUCGAAAAGGACACAUUUCUGGUGUUUUGGGAUGCAAGAGGUGUUGCGAACUGUGCCAGCACAAGUAAAGAACCCUUGGGAGUCUACUCUGAAAGUCACAGUGAUGAUAUCACUAAAAUUUGCUUUCAUCCUAUCAAACCCAAUUUGGUAGUUUCUGGGUCAACCGAUGGGUUGGUUAAUGUGUUUGACAUUAACAAGGAUAAUGAAGAUGAUGCUUUGAUAUCAACUUGCAAUUCAGAUUCAUCAGUAAGUUUUAUUGGCUGGUCUGGGAAAGAUUAUAAACAGGUCUACUGCGUGACACAUGAUGAGGGAUUUUGUUGGUGGGACAUGGCUCAGCUAGAUACUGAAGACCCAAUAACACUAUUGCAUGUUGUGGAUGUCAGAGAGGCAGUCCAUCCUGAAAAUGACAGCUUACAUUACCUGUUAGGUGGUUUGUACCACGAAAAGGCAGACAAACUCUUCCUUAUUGGGGGAACAUCCAGAGGAAACGUUCACCUCAUGAGCUGCAGCACCGAUGGCCUGAGCCUGGUGGGUACCCUUUGCAGAGGACACUCUGCUCCUGUUCGCUCUUUCUGCUGGAACCUGACAGAUGAGUCUCUGCUGACGGGCGGAGAGGAUGCGCAGCUGCUGCUAUGGAAACCCAGUGCUGCUGAAAGGGCCCUCACAAAGAAGGCGUCUAUGAAGAUUGCCUCUUCUGUGCAGAAGAGAGUGAGAGUUCACAAGAGCUCCCUCAAAAGCAGGAAAAGGUAGCAUCCUGAAAGCGGGGAUCUCUGCCGUGUAGAGCUUUCCUGGUGUUUAAUCUCUCAGGCAAUUCUCAGCUGUGCUUUAUUUGGAGGUGCUCUGUGGAAGGAACUGUGGUGCUUGAGUUCUACCCGGGAAUGAUGUAUUUCAGUCAUUAGAAAUGACUUAUGCCUUUUUAUGGGUUUUGUUUGGUGUAUUUGCAUUUUUUUAAAGUAGCGAAUAUUAAUCAGAAAGGAGUACAUGUUUGCCUGGAAUUCUUGAAAAAUAUCUCUUAUAUUAUAUAAAAAUGUUUCUGUGGUUGUUUCAUGUCUCAGCCAACAAUUUUAAUGUGUAGUACAGGCCUGUGGCUUGCAUAAUUUCUUACCUUCCCACUACAAUUCCCUGGCAUGUUUUAAAUGCUUUUGUAUUUCAUGCAGUAUUUUGCUUUCUUUACAGAAACUUUAAUGAAAUUGCUCAAUAUAAUAAAAGAUUUUAUGUCACA